AGUACUAUACAGUGCACGCAGAAUACUAUAAGGCAGCCAUGCGCACUAUAAAUAAAGCUAAGACUGAAUUGCUCUCUAUCAUAUCAUACAGCAAACACAUACAAAACCAUGAGAACCAUGAGAUCAUUUCUAUCUUACCUUCUUUUGUACGUUCAGCUGAUUUCAUCACCAAACAAUGCUUUUGCUUCUGCUAGUUCCAGUUCUAGUGAAGCAGAGGCUCUCUUCAAAUGGAAAGCCAGCUUUUUAAACCAAACCCAGAAUAAUAGUCUGACCUCCUGGACUUACUUUCCCAGCAAUUCCACCAAUCCAAAAGCCAAAGGAAGCCCAUGCAACGUUUGGACUGGCAUUUCAUGCAACACUGCUGGAAGUGUCAACAAGAUAAACCUCACCAGUUCUGGUAUACAAGGUACGCUGCAUGAAUUUCCAUUCCUGUCCUUACCCAAUCUUGAAAAUAUUGACCUUAGCUGGAAUGAACUCUUUGACAGCAUCCCACCUCAUAUUAGUUCCCUCUCCAAACUCAUCUUUUUUGAUCUAUCUUAUAAUAAGUUGUCUGGGAAAAUUCCACCAGAAAUUGGUCUUCUCACAAAUCUUGAGGUCUUGCACCUACAUGAAAACCAGUUAAAUGGUUCAAUUCCUCAAGAGAUAGGUCAGCUCAAGUUUCUUUACGAGCUUACUCUUUACCAUAACUAUCUAGAAGGUCCAAUUCCUUCUUCUCUAGGUAGCUUGAGUAACCUGAUCACUUUGUAUCUCCAUGACAAUCAACUUUCCGGUUCCAUUCCUCCAGAGAUAGGAAACCUUUCUAGUUUGGUUGACAUGGUAAUGGAUAAAAACCAUUUAACAGGUCCAAUCCCUCCAAACUUUGGAAACUUAAAAAACCUGGCAUAUUUGUAUCUCCUUGACAAUCAACUUUCUGGUUCCAUUCCUCCAGAGAUGGGAAACCUUUCAAGUUUGGUUGAAAUGGAAAUGGCUAAAAACCAUAUAACAGGUAUGAUCCCUCCAAGUUUUGGAAGCUUAAAAACCCUGACAUAUUUGGGUCUCUACGACAAUCAACUUUCUAGUUCCAUUCCUCUCGAGAUAGGAAACCUUUCAAAUUUGGUUGAAAUAGAAAUGGGUGAAAACCAUUUAACAGGUCCAAUCCCUCCAAAUUUUGGAAGCUUAAGAAACCUAACGCGAUUGUACUUGAACUUGAAUAAUCUUUCUGGUUCAAUCCCAACAUCUUUAGGUGAUCUGAGAAACCUUAAGCUUCUCUAUCUUUAUGGAAAUCAACUUUUUGGCACUAUUCCAAAAGAGAUAGGUAACUUGAAAUCUCUGGUAUAUUUAGAGUUGAGCACAAAUCAACUUAGUGGCUCCAUUCCUACAUCAUUUGGUGAGUUGAGAAACUUAGAAACCUUAUUCCUUCGUGAAAACCAACUAUCUGGAUCCAUUCCUGAUCAGAUUGGGAAUCUCAUGAAAUUGAAUAUGCUGGCAUUGGAUAGUAACCAAUUUUCUGGUUAUUUGCCCCAAAAUAUAUGUGGGCGCGGAUUACUAGAAAACUUCACAGUAUACAACAACCAUUUGAUAGGUCCCCUCCCCAAAAGCUUGAAAACUUGCAAGAGCUUAGUUAGAUUCCUUCUUCAUGGGAACCAUCUGACGGGAAAUAUAUCUGAAGAAUUUGGUGCCUAUCCAAAUCUUCAAUAUAUAGACCUAAGCCACAACAACUUCUACGGUGAAAUCUCACCUGUCUGGGGGGAAUGUUCACGAUUAGGAACUCUCCGGUUUGCCGGAAACAACCUGACUGGUAGCAUCCCACCUGAGAUUAGCAAUGCAACCCAAAUUCAUGUACUGGAUCUUUCAUCAAAUGGUUUAGUUGGUAUGAUUCCAAAUGAGAUUGGGAGAUUAACUUCUUUGGUGAAUCUGAUUUUGAAUGGUAAUCAACUUUGGGGUCGGAUACCCUCAGAAUUUAGAUCAUUGAAGGAUCUUGAGUAUCUUGACCUGUCAACGAACAAAUUCAAUGAGUCAAUUCCAAGCACUUUAGGUGACUUGUCCAGUUUACACUACUUGAAUUUGAGCAACAACCAGUUCAGCAAAAAAAUUCCAUUUCAAUUGGGGAAUUUAGUCCACCUGUCCCAGCUAGACUUAAGUCAUAAUUCACUGGACCAUCAGAUACCAUCAGAAAUGAGCCAAAUGCAAAGCUUAGAGAUUCUGAAUCUUUCCCACAAUAAUCUUUCUGGUUCCAUACCCAAAAAUUUUGAACAAAUGCAUAGCUGGGUUCAAAUCGACAUAUCCUACAACCAGUUGCAGGGUCCCGUCCCCAACAACAAAGCAUUUCAAGAUGCUCCUUUGGAAGGCAAUGAAGGAUUGUGUGGCAAUAUUACAGGACUUCAACCCUGCCCUUCCAUGGAAAAUAAGCAUGCCACAAAAAAGAAUCGAAGACUCAUGUUUAUAAUUGUUUUCCCUGUUCUGGGGAUACUUUUACUUUCACUUGCCUUCCUUGGAAUUGCCUUCGUUAGAAAAAAAGGAAGAAACAAAGAGCAGGAUACAGAGCAGAGCAAUGUGGAGCAAAAAGAAGUCUUUUCCAUAUCUGAGUUUGAUGGAAGAAGAAUGUAUGACAAAAUCAUCAAGGCAACCAAUAAUUUUGAUGAUGUAUAUUGCAUCGGAAAGGGAGGAUCCGGAAGUGUCUACAAGGCAGAGCUGCUAUCAGGUAGCAUAGUUGCAGUGAAGAAACUCCACCCAAUACUUGAUGGUGAGGAGUCGUCUUGGAAGGAAUUCCUUAAUGAAAUAAGGGCACUAAUAGAGAUACGGCACCGGAACAUUGUGAAACUUCGUGGUUUCUGUUCACAUGCCCAUCACUCGUUUUUGGUCUAUGACUACCUAGAAUAUGGUAGCUUGGCUUCAAUCUUGAGCAAAGAAUAUGAAGCUCAAAAGCUGGACUGGAGCACAAGGGUGAGGAUUGUGAAAGGUGUAGCUCAUGCCCUGUCUUAUAUGCAUCAUGAUUGCUCACCACCUAUAGUGCAUCGAGACAUAUCAAGCAACAACAUUUUGCUCAAUUACGAAUAUGAGCCUUGUGUUUCAGACUUUGGCACCGCUAAGCUUCUAAAUGCAGACUCAUCGAAUUGGACUACCCGUGCAGGCACAUAUGGAUAUAUAGCACCAGAGCUGGCUUACACAAUGAAGGUAACUGAGAAAUGCGAUGUCUAUAGCUUUGGGGUGCUGGCACUGGAAGUCAUAAUGGGGAAGCGGCUGGGUGAAAUCAUCUCCUCAUUUUCGUCUCCAUCCGCCAACGAAGACAAAUUGUUGAAGGAUGUAUUGGACCAACGCCUCCCGGCUCCAACACCUCAUGUUCAAGAUGAAUUGGUAACCAUUGCAAGCCUAGCAAUUGCAUGCAAACAUCCCCAUCCACAAUCCAGGCCAACAAUGCACAGGGUUUCUCAGGUCUUAUCAUCCCACCCUGCAAGUUCCUCGGGACAACCAGAGAUUACACUUGCGCAACUCAUUAGUUAAUUAUCUGAAUUGUGUGGCCUAUGAGUAUGGCAUAAAUAAGAUGCUCUUGUUUGAGCACAAUCAUGUAUUGAUUAGUUUGAUCAUUUCGUAUCAUUUGAACUUGAGUUUUCUAGUAAGAAUUUGCACCCACUUAUUAAUAGAGACUUUCUUCGUCCCAAUUUGCUCGGGCUGUCUUUUAAAUUGGCGAAAGUUGUCAUCCUUUGAAGUAACCUCACCCAGAAAUCUAGCACUUGUUUUUGCGUAACUUAAUGAUCAACAUUAACAAAGAUGAAAGAAUAUUUGCAAUUAAUUCCAAGAAGAAGAAAAAACACA